CUAUAUUUGUAGUUCGCAUUUUUAAAACAGGUAUUGUUGCUUACGCUGAGAAAAUUCGGAGUGUAUUGAAAAUACUAAUUGUAUUCAUUGUUAUCGAAUAGUGCAUAUCAAUAUGCUAUCUGUUCAAUUCAGUAAUUUGUCCCGUAGUGACGGAUCUGCUCUUCUAGCCGUUGGUGAUACUGUUGUACAGGCUGCUGUUUAUGGUCCAACAGAAAUUAAAGUCAGUAAAGAGUUAUGUGAUAAAGCAGUAAUAGAGGUUAAUUUCAAACCUAAAGUUGGUCAGUCAGAUAGUGAAGAAAGAGUGAUGGAAGCAUUUAUUAGAAAUGCUGUGGAGCCUGUUAUAUUGACUGCUUUACAUCCUCGUACAUCUAUAAAUAUCAUCAUUCAAGAAAUACAAGAUGCUGGAAAU